UGAUCACGUGAUCACUCGCUUACGUGAGCAGAAGUAGUUCUGGUCGUCGUCUACCGUCUCGCUAUAGCCGUUUGAGGGAAGAAGGAGGAAAAUUAUCCGGUAUCGUUAGAGGCUUUAAUAUAUCCCUGAUUUUAUUAAUUGGCAUGAAUUCUUUAUAUAAUAAGGAUAUUCAUGUAUUGGUCUACAUCAAAAUCAUAGUGAGCCAAGCUUGCCACCAAGAGCCCAACAGUCACCAUGAUGCUGAGCACGGAAGGCAGGGAGGGGUUCGUGGUGAAGGUCAGGGGCCUACCCUGGUCCUGCUCAGCUGAUGAAGUGAUGCGCUUCUUCUCUGAUUGUAAAAUCCAAAAUGGCACAUCAGGUAUUCGUUUCAUCUACACCAGAGAAGGCAGACCAAGUGGUGAAGCAUUUGUCGAACUUGAAUCCGAAGAUGAAGUGAAAUUGGCUUUGAAGAAGGACAGAGAAACCAUGGGACACAGAUAUGUUGAAGUAUUCAAGUCCAACAGUGUUGAAAUGGAUUGGGUGUUGAAGCAUACAGGUCCAAAUAGUCCUGAUACUGCCAACGAUGGCUUCGUCCGGCUUAGAGGACUCCCAUUUGGCUGUAGCAAGGAAGAGAUUGUUCAGUUCUUUUCAGGGUUGGAAAUUGUGCCAAAUGGGAUGACACUGCCAGUGGACUUUCAGGGGAGGAGCACAGGGGAGGCCUUUGUGCAGUUUGCUUCACAGGAGAUAGCUGAAAAGGCCUUAAAGAAACACAAGGAAAGAAUAGGGCACAGGUACAUUGAAAUCUUCAAGAGUAGCAGAGCUGAAGUCCGAACCCACUAUGAUCCCCCUCGAAAGCUCAUGGCUAUGCAGCGGCCAGGUCCCUAUGAUAGGCCAGGGGCUGGCAGAGGGUAUAAUAGCAUUGGCAGAGGGGCUGGGUUUGAAAGGAUGAGACGUGGUGCCUAUGGUGGAGGGUAUGGAGGCUAUGAUGACUAUGGUGGCUAUAAUGAUGGAUAUGGCUUUGGGUCCGAUAGGUUUGGAAGAGACCUCAAUUACUGUUUUUCAGGAAUGUCUGAUCAUAGAUAUGGAGACGGUGGGUCCAGUUUCCAGAGUACCACAGGGCACUGUGUACACAUGAGGGGAUUACCUUACAGAGCCACUGAGAAUGAUAUUUACAAUUUUUUCUCACCUCUUAACCCCAUGAGAGUGCACAUUGAAAUUGGACCUGAUGGCCGAGUUACUGGUGAGGCAGAUGUUGAAUUUGCUACUCAUGAAGAUGCUGUGGCAGCUAUGGCAAAAGACAAAGCUAAUAUGCAACACAGAUAUGUGGAGCUCUUCUUGAAUUCUACUGCAGGAACGAGUGGGGGUGCUUAUGAUCACAGCUAUGUAGAACUCUUUUUGAAUUCUACAGCAGGGGCAAGUGGUGGUGCUUAUGGUAGUCAAAUGAUGGGAGGGAUGGGCUUAUCCAACCAGUCUAGUUAUGGGGGUCCUACUAGCCAGCAGCUAAGUGGUGGCUAUGGAGGUGGUUAUGGUGGUCAGAGCAGUAUGAGUGGAUACGACCAAGUUCUGCAGGAAAACUCCAGUGACUAUCAGUCAAACCUUGCUUAAGUAAAGAAGGAACACUAAACAGCUGUUACAGAAAUAAAAGCUGUGCAUUUAUGGGAGUUGUAGAAUGGGAGGGAUGUCUAGCCUAUCCAGUGUGAUUGGUAAUUGGGAAAUAUCAUUGAUUCUGAUCACUCUUGGACAACUUCUUUUUCUUUCUUUCUUUCUUUCUUUCUUUCUUUCUUUCUUUCCUUUUUUUAAAGAAAACAAAAAUUAAGUUUAACAGUUUCGCAUUACAGGCUUGUGAUUCAUGCUUACUGUAAAGUGGAAGUCAAGGUUUUAAAACUUCAAGCUCAGUAAUUUUGAACACUGAAGCAUUCACUUAGGAUGUAAUAACAGCGUUCAGUAUUGACCAUAACUGUUAAAACAACUUUCAGCUUUCCUCAAGUUAGUUAUGUUGUAGGAGUGUACCUAAGCAGUAAGCGUAUUUAGGUUAAAGCAGUUUCACUUAUGUUAAAUGUUGCUCUUAUACCACAAUACACUGAAAACUUUGGAUGCAUGUUGAGAAACAUGCUUUUCUGUAAAACUCAAAUAUAGGAGCUGUGUCUACGAUUCAAAGUGAAAACAUUUGGCAUGUUUGUUAAUUCUAGCUUUUUGGUUUAAUAUGCUGUAAGGCACGUGACUGUACACUUUUACUUUUUUUUUUUUUUAAGAUCUGGGACAAUUUUGAGAUGUAAUACCAAUACUUUAGGAGUUUGGUCAUGUCGUUUGUAUGAGAUUCUGAGGCUUUGAUUUAAAUCUUUCCUUGUAUUGUGAUUUCCAUUAGAUGUAUUGUACUAAGUGAAACUUGUUAAAUAAAUCUUCCUUUUAAAAACUGGAAAAA